AUGAAAGCCAUUCAAAUCAAGAAUUUCAACGCACCCUAUACCGUCUCCGAUGUUGACAAGCCAAAGCCCAAACCCCAUCAGCUACUCAUCCAGAUCAAGGCGGGCGGGUUCUGUCACACUGAUUGCAUGGCCCUUGAAAAUGACUUUGGCUCAAAACUACCGUUCAUUGGGUCACAUGAACCAGCUAGUGUCAUGGCGGAAGUCGGAUCUGAAGCUCGAGGGUUUGCGGAGGGUGAUCGAGUAGGAUAUCUCAACUUUGACAGCUGCUGCGCCUGUAUGAUGUGUGCCGGCAUCACCGUGUAUGGAGGUAUCAAGAAAGCUCAAGUUCCAUCUGGUAGCUCGAUUAGUAUUGUGGACAUUGGUGGUCUUGGCCAUAUCGGGACGCAGGUUGCCAAAGCAAUGGGAUAUCAAGUGGCUGCGAUUGAUGUGAAGCAAGAUGCCCUAGACCUUGUCGCAUCUUACCAUCUGAAACCCGACAUCUGCAUUCUAUCCACCGAUCCAGCUGAAACUUCCCUGGAGAAGAUCGCCAAUGUUAUAAACGGCGACUGCCCUGGCCUCGACGCCACAAUAGACGCAACUGAUGCUCCGGCUGCUUUUGAUCUCACAGCCAAGUUGACGCGUAAGCACGGAACUAUGGUUCUUCUGGGUCAGCCUGAGAAGGACAUUACUUUAUCUUAUCGGAACGUCAUCUUUCGUGAUAUUAAGCUAAUCGGCUCUCUUAUUGCGGAUACCAAUGAAACUGAGGAGCUCUUGGAACUAGUCGUGAAGCAUAAUAUCCAGGUCAAGAUCAAGGAAUGGAAGCUUGAAGAUGCUGAGAAGAUGAGACAAGACUAUUUGGCUGGUAGGAACAGCGGUAAGAAUGUCAUAGUAUUCUAG